AUGAGAGAGCGUUUCUCACAAGACAUUGAGAACUCUAGUGGCACGGCUUCGGAAAUGCCAAGACUUCGAGAUACGGUUGUUCUUCCUCGACCUGGACGUUUACUUUGUACCUCCUCGCAUUGUUCCGGCCUUACGCAACAACCUUCUUUAAAACAUGUGUGGAGUGACGCUGCCACACAAGUAUUUUAUUCUCUGAGCAUCUCCUGUGGUGGGCUCAUCACAAUGUCAAGUUACAAUAAAUUCAACAACAAUUGCUUAAGGGAUUCCAUACUGGUGCCACUUAUUGACUGUUUCACGAGCUUCUUCUCUGGAUUUGUAAUUUUUACCGUUCUGGGUUUCAUGGCCAAAGUGAAAGGCGUCGAUGUUGAGACUGUUGUCAAAGGAGGUCCAGGUUUAGCGUUUAUCGCUUACCCAGAAGCUAUCACAAAAAUGCCGUCUCCAACAGUUUGGGCCAUCCUCUUCUUCUUGAUGAUGAUCACCAUCGGUUUCAGUUCACAGUUCUCCCUGGUUGAAACGGUGAUGUCGUCUUUGAUGGACGAAUGGCAAGAUAAACUGCGGCGCAACUGGAAGACUCAAACCGCUUUCAGGGUUUGCGUUUGUCUUGUAACCUUUCUCUUCGGUUUACCUAUGACCACCCAGGCUGGCAUGUAUAUUCUGAACCUGGUCGAUACUUCAGUCGGUGGAUUCCCGUUCUUGUUUAUCGGCCUUACAGAAUGCCUUACCAUAUGCUAUAUAUACGGUUACAAAAGAUUUGCAGACGACAUUGAAAUGAUGCUUGGGAAAAAGCCGUCAGUUUAUUGGAGAAUAUGUUGGUGUUUCGUCACUCCUUUUAUCUUGUUUGUGGUGAUAGUAUCGAAGGCCAUACAAUACAAAGUAGUCACGCUUCAUUCGUAUGUUUACCCACGAUGGGCACAAACUAUUGGUUGGUUGAUAGUUAUCAUUCCACUUGUGAUUAUUCCAGUAUACUUCGUAGUGAAACAUUGCCAAAGCGGAGGUUAUCAGGUGAUGGUGAAGUCUUUAAAACCCCUGUCAAACUGGGGGCCAUCCGAGCCAGAAAACCGCACGGGCAAGUAUGCGGAGGAAGCCGACGAUGACGACUCCGGGAGCAGAGGAGGCCAGGAGACAACUGCGGAAAACGUAGACGAAGUUCAAAGGAGAGAAAUGUUCACUGAAGUUGAUGGGGUUGAGAACGAGGCUUUUGAAGGUGACACUCGUCAAAAUGUCACCGACCUGCCGAACUCCAUAGCUACAACAAACAGUAAAUUUUAACUGAUGUGACAGUGUUUUGUUUACGUGCGUGCAAGCAUGUGUGCGCGCCUGCGUUUGUGUGUGUGUGUGUAUGUGUGUGUGUUUGAACAGGGAGAUGAUGAUUUGACACAACGGUCUUUUGAUUCACGUGCUGAUGUAAUUAAUUUAAAGGAAGGGAAGGGUACCUUGUUUAUUUUUAUAUUUUUUGUAUUUGUACAAAACCAAAUAAAGUGCGGAAUACAGGAAGAUGAAAGAGUGACAGCCUUCA